AUGGCUACCCUACCCGAGACUGGCAAAACGCCAGCGUUCAACAUUCCACUAGUUGACUUGAGCGCUUUCCUACAAGGCAAGGUAGAAUCAGAGGCAAUUCAAGACUUGGUCAAACAGAUCCGGUUGGCCUGUUCGACGAGCGGCUUUUUCCAGAUUGUCGGCCAUGGCGUAUCGCUGGCAAUGCAAGACUCCGCGCUCCGUGCGUCCAAGGCACUCUUCUCUCUGCCACAAGAAGAAAAGUUGAAGUUGAAGGAAGGACCAGGAGUCGGUUAUGAGACAUUUGGAGCCCAGAUCCUCGAGGCUGGUAGAAAACCAGAUUUGAAGGAGGGUUAUUUUAUCAACCGUGAGAUCGCAGGGCUGCAGCCACCCUACCAACCCUUUUGCAGACCGAAUAUCUGGCCCGAGGCGAGUCUGCUACCCGAGACAGAGUUCAAGCUUCCGCUGCUUGCGUACCACACAGCGAUGCAAGAACUCGCGGUCUGUCUCAUGGAUCUUUUGGCGAGCAGUCUCAAAAUCAGGGACAACAACAUGAUGGCGAAUUUUUGCCGCGAGCCCAUCGCCUCUCUUAGGCUGCUGCAUUACCCUCCCCAUCCAGACGUCGAGGACGAUGCGCUGGUGGGUGCCGGCGCCCACACUGACUUUGGCGGCAUCACGAUUCUUCUAACAGACGGCAAUUCUGGGUUGCAAGUUCUGGAUCAGGCCACGAAGGAGUGGAUUAAUGUGCCAGCACGGAGCGAUGCCUUUGUGGUAAACAUGGGAGAUUUGUUGGAGACUUGGACGAGUGGAUAUUACAAGUCCAACAUACAUAGGGUUAUUAACAAAAGUGGCAAGGAAAGAUAUUCUGUUCCAUUCUUCUUUGAUGGAAAUCCGGAUUUUGUCGUUGAACCGCUUGACGGCUCCGCGACAGAGCGAUAUACAGUCCAAGAGCAUCUCUUGAAGCGAUACGAGCAAAGCUUUUAG